AUUGUCAAAUGUCAAACUCAUAACAUGGAACAAGAAUCGAGGAGGAAUCUAUACUGUGAUGAUGAAAUUUUAUAUUUCAUGAGCACAUAUAACCUAUUUGCAAUAAGUGAGUGGUGAGCAGUUUUUGAAUAAUUGUGAAAAAACAUGAGUGAAAAUAAAGAAAAAUCUAAGCAAAAAAAAGCAAAGCAACCAGCUAAAAGUGGAGGAGAUACAAAUCAGGUAAAGGAAUUGAACCCGCAACCGGAUUAUAUCGCCGAUAGGUUAGCAAUAUGGAAUAAGGUGAAGGCGGAAUAUGAUGCUGAAUUAGCUAAAAAACCUGAGCUGCCUAUUAAAGUUACUCUACCAGAUGGUAAAGUCAUCGAAGGGGUAAGUUGGAAAACUACUCCAUACGAUAUAGCCAAAGGAAUUAGUCAAGGUUUGGCAGAUAAUACAGUUAUUUCUAAAGUAAAUGACGUCUUAUGGGAUUUAGAUCGACCACUAGAAAGUGAUUGUAAUUUGAAAUUGCUAAAAUUUGAUGAUGAGGAAGCACAGGCUGUAUUCUGGCAUUCUUCAGCACACAUACUUGGAGAAGCUCUUGAACGAUUAUAUGGGGGCUGUCUUUGUUAUGGACCUCCUAUAGAAUCAGGAUUUUAUUACGAUAUGUUUUUAGACAAUAAGGGAAUAUCUCAAACUGAUUUUUCCGUAUUAGACAAUACAAUGAAAAGUAUUGUUAAAGAAAAACAACCAUUUGAACGACUUGAAAUGAAAAAAGAAGAUUUGCUGGAAAUGUUUAAAUACAAUGAAUUCAAAUUACGUAUACUUAAUGAAAAAGUAACUACUCCAACAACUACAGUUUACAGAUGUGGGCCUCUCAUUGAUCUUUGCAGAGGUCCACAUGUCAGACACACUGGCAAAAUAAAAGCAUUAAAAGUAACUAAGAACUCUUCAACUUAUUGGGAGGGAAAAGCUGACGCUGAAACAUUACAAAGGGUUUAUGGUAUUAGUUUUCCAGAUCCCAAAAAACUAAAAGAAUGGGAACAAUUGCAAGAAGAAGCCGCUAAAAGAGAUCACAGAAAAAUUGGAAAAGAACAAGAAUUAUUCUUUUUCCAUGAAUUAUCGCCAGGUUCAUGUUUUUUCCAACCUAGAGGUGCUCAUAUUUACAAUACUUUGAUAAACUUCCUAAGAGAUCAAUAUAGGAAACGGGGCUUUGAGGAAGUUAUUUCUCCAAAUAUAUACAAUGUAAAAUUGUGGCAAACUUCAGGGCAUUAUACACACUACGCUGAAAAUAUGUUUGCAUUUGAUAUAGAAAAAGAAAAGUUUGCAUUAAAACCCAUGAACUGCCCCGGUCAUUGUUUGAUGUUUGAUAACCGUGUAAGGUCGUGGAGGGAAUUACCAUUGCGCUUAGCUGAUUUUGGAGUACUUCAUAGAAACGAACUUUCCGGAGCUCUCACAGGACUCACAAGAGUAAGAAGAUUCCAACAAGAUGACGCUCAUAUAUUUUGUACCCCAGAACAUAUUAUAGAUGAAAUACAUAGUUGUUUACAAUUUAUGAACUAUGUAUAUACAGCUUUUGGAUUUAGUUUUGAGCUCAGUUUGUCUACAAGACCUGACAAAUUUAUUGGCGAACCAAAUUUAUGGGACUCUGCUGAAAAAGCUUUGAAGGAUAGUUUAGAUCUAUUUGGACAACCAUGGAAAAUCAAUCCCGGUGAUGGGGCAUUCUAUGGCCCUAAAAUUGAUAUUCUUAUUAAAGAUGCUUUGAAAAGGUCCCAUCAGUGUGCAACUAUUCAGUUAGAUUUUCAGUUACCUAUUAGAUUCAAUUUAUCAUAUAUAAGUGAUAGUGGAGAAAAGAAAAGACCAGUGAUGAUUCAUAGAGCAAUUUUGGGUUCAGUUGAAAGGUGUAUAGCAGUUCUUACAGAGUCUUAUGCUGGUAAAUGGCCGUUUUGGUUAUCACCAAGACAAGUUAUGGUUAUUCCAGUUGGUCCUAACUAUGAUGAUUAUGCGGAAGAAGUUAGAAAGAAGUUGUUCGAUGCAGGAUUUAUGGCGGAAGUUGAUACUGAUCCAGGCGAUACAAUGAAUAAGAAAAUAAGAAAUGCACAGUUGGCACAAUUCAAUUUCAUUUUGGUUGUUGGAGAAAAAGAAAAGGCCGGUAACACAGUUAAUGUUCGCACCAGAGAUAAUGCAGUCCACGGAGAAUUUUCUGUAGAAAAACUAAUUGAUAAGUUUAAUCAGUUCAAAAAUAAUUUCAUUAAGAAUGAAAAUGAAUUUUGAAUUAUAUAAAACUUUAUUAAAUUCCGCUAUUUUUUUUUUUAAUUAUAUUUUUGUGAAAUGUUUUUUAAUUUGUAUCUACUGUUCACUAUAUCUCACUGUCAAUACAAUAUUAACAUAACUGAGAAA